AUAGACAGGAAAACAAAAUGGCUGCCUUUGGUUAUUGCGUUACUGACUACAAGUCAUUAUUUACCGCCGUUUCUAUCUAAAUGGAAGUACGAAACGCUUAUUUCAUGUAUGCGUAACGGAGUUCCGAUCCCUAUGCUGCAUUCUGAGGCUUUAUUUUAGAAUAAUACAGAGAUGGGUGCCAAACCAAGCACGAGCAAUCCACGUCUUCGGACUUACUCUGGUGCUGGACCGAGUGGUGGCUCAACUAGCAGUACCACAGCUGGCGGUGCCGGGGUGUUCUCUUUUGGUCAACAUCAUAACAUAUUUGGUUCUAACUCUUCAAAUCCUCGUGGUCGUGCGAGAUCACUUGGGAGUGUACAGAAUGGACUAGGUCAGCAAAAUAUGCAUGGUUUAACUAUAAGUGGUAAUGGUGGUUUUAGUCCUGACUCAGAUAGCAGUUCACCCGAUGUUGAAGCCAGUCAGCUGUUUGCCGUACAAGCGGCCCAGUCUUUACCAGCACAUCUACUUUCACCGACAUUUUUGACUGGAAUCAAAUGCCCAGUAUGUUCUAAGUUUGUACCACCUGAUGAUAUUGAGUGCCACCUUGUUAUUUGUUUAACUAAACCAAGAAUAAGUUACAAUGAGGAUGUGUUGACCACUGAUACAGGGGAGUGUGUCAUAUGUCUUGACGAUUUACAACAAGGCGAUACUAUAGCACGUUUACCUUGCCUCUGCAUUUACCAUAAAAGUUGUAUUGAUUCAUGGUUUGAAGUGAACCGAUCAUGUCCUGAGCACCCCAAUGAUUAGAGUAUUGAGAGAUUACAAUUUAAUAACCAAGAAGUGCAUGAAUAAAAACAAAAUGGUUCAACACCUGACGUAUUUUGUUACUGAUUUCUUUUAGUAUGAUUUGUCAUCGUCUGUAUGUUAAAACUGGACCACUUCCAUACCAUGCCAACUUGAGAUUUUUUAGAUAUAAUAAAUAUGAAGAAAUUAGCAGGGAGAUUGCUUUUCGUAAUGAGAGAGACAUUUUACGAUAUGAAGUUCAUGUCUUUUUGAUAUUUUAAUAAUGUCAAGACAAAGAUGUGUUUGUUUUUUUCAAUUGGCUUUGUAAAUUGUAUAGAUUUGUGACAAAGUAUUCUGUUUUAUUGUUGAUUACCUAUCAUGUCUUGAUAUUCUGUAAUAUAUGACUUUGCUCUAUAGUAAGAGAAAUAAAAAUGAUAUAUUCAGU